GAUCUUAGUCAACAGGCGGUUAGCCAAGCUCUACAACCUGGUGAUGGACCUGCUGGUACUAGCGUUGUUCAACAUCCGGAACGAGAAAACCCCCGGCUGAACGGGACGACAGCCGCCCCCGCCGUCGAUGUCGACGCCGCUGCACUGGAAGAGAUUGUUGGUCGGGCCGUGGCAGAUGCACACGCCGCGUACCAUCGAGCGGCGGAGGUUGUUGCCAGCGGCGAGGGGCAAAACGGUUCAACAGCUGCUGAUCUUCCCAACGAUCCUGAGGACGUCGACCGCAUGGACACCGCCGGGGUAUCUUUCAUGCAAGAAGGUCAUCUGCCCCAGGGGGAGGACCAGCACCAGCCCGACCGCCGUCUGCCCCAGGGUCGUGGGGAGGACCAGGACCAGCCCGAGCGCGAGCGUCAGAUGCAAUGUGGCCAAUUCCGGCCUUGGCUUAGCCUGGGGGGCGAUGAUGAUGAACAAGGGGAUGUUGAAGAAGCACUGCAAGAGCCAGCAACUAGCAUGAACCCCGCCGCCCAGCCCCUCGUAGGGGAGGUUCUUCCGCAGGAUCGACAAGGUGUUCACCAGCCUAUCGCCCCGAGACCGAGUGGUCUUGUGCAAAGAUGUAUGCAUUGCAAAUAUGUCUGGGUCUGGAAGAAUUGGAACUUGUCAUGCUAAAUCUGAAUCAUGCAAAAAAUCUGUAUUGCGUGAUUACCAACAGCCGUCCUUUUUUACCAGGUUGAGAGGGAAUUUCUCACGCAGGAUAGCCAUGAUAGAGACCUCACAGACUUUGUCAUGCUAGGUGCUGCAUUGUAAACCUUAUGAGCCACAGAAAACCUGCAUGACAAACAUGGCAAUCUUCCAGACCCAGACAUUUUUUGCAGUUGAUAAGAUUUUUUACCAAAGCCUUGCGGGGGGCUUUCACGGUUCUGUUUACGGUGGUGUACCUGAUCAGCAUCAGCGUUCAAGGCCUGUCGCACCUGGCGGUGGUUUGCCUCCCGGAGGCCAUUGUGUUUCUGUGGCGCGGGGCAGCGCGGGUCGCCCGCCGGAUCACGCCGCAGCUGCUGGCGUUCGGGAGCAACUUUGUGCUGGCCUUUAGCAGCUUGGUCACCACGUUGGCGCAGGCGGUGUGGACGGGUUUUGUCAACGUCGGAAGGGUAUCAAAAGUAAAAAUGUCUGGGUCUGGAAGAAUCCAACUUGUCAUGCUGAUUUUGGAUUCUGAAAAAAUCUGUAUUGCUUUAGCAGCAAAGAGAGUCCAAGUUUUGCUACACGGAAAGAGCAUUUGUCAUGCGGUAUAGGCAUCUGGAAGCCCUCACAAGAUCUGUGAUGCUAGGGCAUGCAUCACAGACAUCAGGAGUCAUGCAAAAUGUGCAUGACAAACCUGGCAAUCUUCCAGACCCAGACAUUUUUACACUUGAUAAAGGGCGGCCGGAUGGGUCGGCAGCGGGAUCGCCACCGUGUUGGUGUCUGUCGCUAAUGCGGCGCAGCGGGUAGGGCAGGCUCUGUAUCAAAAGGAAAAAUCCCCCCACCCCAUAUCAAAUGGGAAAUCUGUGAUGCAAGAUUUGCGUACACAAAUACGCGCUGUCUUGCAAUACGGCAUCGCAGCCAGAUCCGCAGCCUAGGGAGGGACAUUUUGGUCUAGUUGCUUAGCAUUUCAAACGGCUGUCCUCUAGGCCGAACAGCAUGCCAAACCGCUCCCAUAAUGGCAGGGAAGCCUCUGCAUUUGUCUUCUUGCAAGACAGACGUGAUUUGUGGUCUCAAAUCAGCAAGACAAAUUUCCGGAAGCAUGCCUUUUCGAUAUGGGGAGGGGGGAUUUUUCCUCUCAAUACUCUGUACAACAACCUCGGCAGGCCGAUUCUGCACGGCCUUGUCGCUAUGGGAGCAGUGCUGUGGGACGUGCUCACCAGGGUAGGAAACUUGUUCGCCAGCGGAGCGGUUAUCGUGUUUAACGGUAUUGCAGCGGCAGCGGUGAGGGGACUGGCGGCGGUCCAAGUGGUUGCACAAAACGUCGGGAACGCGGUGUGGAGCGCGGCAAGGUGGACCUUAUUGAAACGAAAAAUCCCCCCUCCCCAUAUUGAAAAGGUAUGUCUCCGCAAAUUUGUGUUGGUGAUUUGAGGUCACAAAAAAAACCCAUUUGUCUUGCAAGAAGGCAGCUCUACAGUCUCCGCCGCAUUAUGCGCGCGGUUUGUGAUGCUGCUUGGGCUACAGCAUAGACGUUUGUGAUGCUAAGCGUCCACGCCAGAAGCUCUGUACCCAGGCACGGCAUAUGCCUCUAAUCCUCUACUGCAAGACAGCUCUGACUUGUGUACGGACAUCCAGCGUGAGAGACUUCGUUUCGAUAUGGGGAGGGGGGAUUUUUCCUCACAAUACACCCGUACAUACGUGCUCUCUCCUCUCGGCACACUUGUGGCAAGCGGCAUCAGGCGAUUGGGCACGGGAAUGGUCGCUUAUCAAACUGCAAAUAUGUCUACUGCGUCUGGAAUCAUAAAUCUGUGUUGCCGAACGGCUCGCAGCGCAGUAGAGUGGCCACUUGUUGUACGGCAUAUACAGCAUAUAGAAAUUUUGCGAGGCUUAUCGCAGAUUCGUUCGCGAAACGCAUGACUAAUUGGCUUUCAGCACGACAAAAAAAAUGGCCAAUUCUGUUCAUGCAUUACAGAUCCAUCUUGUUGCCCUUGAAAUGUCGCAUAACAAAAAGUCCAGAUGACCCAGGCAUAUUUGCAUUGCAUAUCGCACUCGGAGACGCUAUUUGGCAAGCCGGCGGCUUUCUUUUCGGUCUUGCGGAAAGUGGCAUUCGGCGCGCUGUGGCGUUCGGCGCCCCCGUUGUGGAAUUCGUCGUACACGGGAUCUCCCGGGCCGCGAUCUCUUUCCUCAAUAUCGCCGGAAACAUCGCCCGAAGAGCCGGGGAGUUGGGCGGAGCGGCCGCGAGAGGGCUGUGGCGCAGGUUGGCGAGCGCCGCAACUGCCAUGUGGUCCGGAUUGCUCUGUGCGCUCAGGACUGUCGGGAGAGCCAUCACGACUGUCGGGAGCGCCAUCGGGACUCUCGGCCGUGAUUACAUGUGGCCCGCGAUGGUGGCG